AUGCCGGUCAACCAGGAGUCGCCGGCUUUCAUUGCGUUGGUGCAGGCCAGUGCUGGUGCUGCGGGCGCCGUUUUCGCUUCGCUGGUCCUACAGCCUGUGGAGGUGGCCAAGACUCGCAUCCAGAUCAGCCAUGAAGGAGAUGACAGCACCCUUGAGACAAUGAGGAAGAUUGCGGUUGCUGAUGGCCCUUUGGGCCUUUGGCUGGGAGCAGGUGGCAAAUGUACAGAGAACGGAGCCAAAAACUUCGCGUAUUUUUACAUCUACGACUGGAUGAAUGCCGUGGUCAAGCAGUACAUGGCUGUCACAACGUCUGCGAAGUUGGUGUUGGGCUACGUUGCUGGAGUCGGCAACACAUUGAUCAACAUGCCUUUGGAAGUCAUCUCCACCAAGAUGCAGCUGGACGAUGCAAAGGGUUUGGGAACCCUCGGCAUGCUACGCCGCAUCAUCCAAGAUGAUGGAGUGGGCGCUUUGUACACCGGCCUGGGCUACAACAUCGCCCUGUGCAUCAACCCGGCCAUCCAGAACACCAUCCUGGACAAGCUGAAAGAAACGAUCCUCCGGCAGAUGAAGCGUCGAAAUCCUGAGGUGACACCAGCCCUGACGGCCUUCCAAGCGUUCACGUUGGGAGCUUUUGCCAAAGCCGUUGCCACUGUGGUAACAUAUCCGCUGGUGCGUCUGAAGACGAACUUGCCUCUUGGACGCAGCUGCUCUUGCGUUGACAUGAUUCCUUGA